AUGGCAUACCCUACUGUCGUGCUCAUCCCAUUAUGCGUUCCAGGCCACCUCACAUCCAUGCUCGAAGCCGGCAAGCGGCUGCUCGGCAGAAGCCGCUGCCCCAUGUCGCUCACCGUGCUCGUCACGCAGAUGACCAUGUCCGCCAACAUGAUGUCCGACGUCGCCGACAUCAUCCGGCGGGAAGCAGACUCCGGCUUCGACAUCCGCUUCGUCCACCUCCCCACCGUGGAGCUCCCCACCGCUGAGCACGGCGGUCUCGAGGAUUUCAUGGUGCGCUUCAUACAGCUCCACGGGACAUACGUCAAGGAAGCCGUCUCCGGCAUGUCGUCCCCGGUAGCCGCGGUGGUGAUGGACUACUUCUGCACCACCCUGUUCGAUGUCACGCGCGAGCUCGCACUGCCGGUGUACGUCUACUUGACGUCCGGCGCGUCGAUGCUCGCGCUCCUGCUGCGGUUGCCGGCGCUGGAUGAGGAGAUCUCCGGAGAUUUUGAGGCGAUGGAAGGAGCAGUUGAUCUUCCCGGGAUGCCGCCGGUGCCGGCUCGUCUCAUGCCAACUCCCAUAAUGACGAAAGGUCCAAACUUCGCGUGGCUCGUGUACCACGGCAACCGCUUCAUGGAGGCCGCUGGCAUCAUCGUCAACACGGUGGCCGAGCUGGAGCCGUCCAUCCUUGCAGCCAUCGCCGAUGGUCUCUGCGUGCCCGGACGCCGCGCUCCGACCGUCUACCCGAUCGGCCCCGUCGUGCCUGUCAAGCCGCCCGGCGACGGCGAGCAGCCACCGCUACACGAGUGCGUGAGGUGGCUCGACGCACAGCCACCAGCAUCCGUCGUGCUGCUCUGCUUUGGGAGCAUGGGCGGUAGCUUCCCCUCGCCUCAGGUCCGGGAGAUCGCCGACGCCCUCGAGCACAGCGGGCACCGCUUCCUGUGGGUACUCCGUGGCCCGAUACCCGCCGACUCCAAGUACCCAACGGAUGCCAACCUCGACGAGCUGCUCCCAGAAGGGUUCUUGGAGAGGACGAAGGACAGGGGUCUCGUGUGGCCCAAGUGGGCGCCGCAGAAGGACAUCCUCGCCAACCCUGCCGUCGGCGGCUUUGUGACCCACUGCGGGUGGAACUCGAUCCUUGAGAGCCUUUGGCACGGCGUGCCGCUGGUGCCGUGGCCGCUGUACGCGGAGCAGCACCUGAACGCGUUCGAGCUCGUGUCCGUGAUGGGCGUCGCCGUGGCCAUGCAAGUGGACAGGAAGCGCGACAACUUCGUCAAGGCAGCGGAGCUGGAGCGCGUGAUCCGGAGCCUGAUUGGCGGGUCGUCGGAGGAGGGGAGGAAGGCGCGAGAGAAGGCCACGGAGGCGAAGGACCUAUGCCGGAAAGCCGUGGCCGACGGCGGGUCCUCGGAAGUGUCGCUGCAACAACUAGCGCGUGAGAUUGGAGAGCACAGAGAAUACCAAGGAAGAACGGAAGCAACACCGCUUCCUCAACAUGUUCACUACCCCGCUGCCACCCUUGGCGCUGCCAGCCAUGGGUGA